AGCAGACGAGCGCGUCUUUAUUCGCGUCUCCCCGGUUUAGAUUGAAGUGCGGAGCAUCAAACGCAGCCGUGCAGACACACUCACAUGCCGGCGUAGAGGGGUAUCUCUGCGGUCGCCUCGCUCCAGGCCCUCGCCAAAUCUGCCCGAUAUGCUGGUUUUAACUGAGCCGUGACAUACCGUGGCGAAAAGUAAAGCGUAGCGAAAGCGCGUUUUCGCGUAUUUUUGGGGAUAGGGGUCGGUAAUACGAAGUGAAACGUGUCCGCUCCUCCCAAACUUUGCGAGCGGUUGCAGCUUUCCUGGUCACACACAGAUAGCAGUGAUUGCUGCUAAAGGGGGAAGACGAGUUGACUACACUUCAUCUUUCAACAUCAAAGUUAGCUCGUUUCCUGCUCGUUUUGGACAUUAGAGUCAUGUGAGGCGUCCUGUAAUGUCCACGGACCAGGAUAAAGAUUCGUUCUCGCUCAAAAGAAACCGAGGAGAUGGAGGUCUCGAGGGUAUAGGGGGGGCAGGCCUCCUCCUGGGGAGUCCGGAUAAGAAGAAACGCAAAGCAAAUACACAGGCUCCUUCCUUCGCCCCACUCUCAGAGUAUGCUCCUCCGGCAAACCCCAGCUCUGAUCAUUUGGUGGCUUCCAACCCUUUCGAUGACAACUACAACUCUCCCACUCUGUCUCUGAAGCCACUGAACUCCUCCAGCCUGUAUUUUGGCCCUUCACACUACACAGGGUUUGGUGGCUAUGGCCCUCCCCGACCGGCUCCACACAUCCCCAGCAGAAUGCCCUCUCCUUAUGGGGGCCCAUAUCCGAUGCGGAACCAGCCCCACCUGUUCGCCCAGGGCCCGAUGGGCCCGAUGGCCAUGGGCUUCAACCGCCCGCCCGCUUUCAGCUACGGGCACCCGGAGAGUGCAGGGUUUGUAAACCAGCACAUGUUUAAUAAUAACGGCAGCAUGCAGCUUCCAGGUGGGCUGCCUUUCAGACCGGGCCCUGGUGAGAACUCCAGUCAGCUGCCACUUCCCAUCGUGAACCAGAACCAGAGUGGAAUGGAUGGCCCAGGCCCGGGGUUCGGUAUGGAGGGACCCGCGAGUGGAAGCCUACCCCUGGCGGGUAAACCUGUCCCGGACGUGAGCUCAGCACUCCCUCAGCUGUCAAGCUUUGCCCAGGCGAGCACGCCCACGCCCAAGCAGGACCCCAGCGAGUCCGCGAACAAAAGCGCCAGCCAGAACGCUGCGUCUGCGCGGAAACAGAAUUCCACGUCAGAGGAGGGGGGGGCUCAGGACGGCCAGGCAGAGCCGAAGGGGAAGAACAGAGCCGGCGGCGAAGGAGGUGUGGAGAAGAUCAACGGCGUCCUCCAUCCAGGAGCCGAACCCCUGAAGAAGACCCCCCAGCCAGGGGCUCUUAUCGAACCUGUCGUGGAGAGGAGCCGGCGGCCCGGCGCUGGCGCUCGCAGCGCCGCCCUUCUGGCCAGUAGCAAGCCGGCGCCUCACCCCAGCCGGCUGGGCAGCGUCAGAGCCUCCGCUUCGGAGCCAGUGUACCCAUGCGGAAUCUGUCUCAAUGAGGUGAAUGAUGACCAGGAGGCGAUCCUGUGUGAGGCCUCGUGCCAGAAGUGGUUCCACAGAGUGUGUACGGGAAUGACUGAGACGGCGUACAACAUGUUGACGGCCGAGGCGGCUGCUGUCUGGGGCUGUGAUGGCUGCAUGCAGGAGAAGGGCGCUCAGCUCCUCAAAACGCGGGAGACAUCGGCCCCGCCUACCGCGAACAGCGAGGGACAAUCCUGAAUGGCGUGUGUGUGUCUCCUCGAUUUCGUUUCUCUUGCCACCGUGAAUGUCAGUGUUGUUUGUGCUGGGUUCUGUUGCAGUGCCGUGAGGGAGAGCUCCAUCACUUUUCUUCUGUCUCCCCUUCUGCUCCUUGACUGGGUGUGACUUGUAUGAUCUUGCAGCCUCCAUAUAUAAAUCAAGACGAGGAGGUGGUCCAGCUUUAUCCAAGUUUCUUACUCAGACCUCAAGUCUCGUUCAGCUAGGCCCCCGAUCUACAUCUGUCUGGGGUGAAGUCCUGUGUGCUCUGUAAAUACGUGCUAGGAUUUACAUUAGCUUUGAACUGUACACGGUCUUCCUUCCCACAAACACAUUAGCGUGGUGGUUGACUUGUGUUAUAGAAAUUCAUCAGUCUAACAUUAAUAAUUCUGUUAAUUAAAUAAUUUGUUUUGACCGGGUGACCUUCAGCAUCCCAACUCUUGAUCCAGGUCACUCUAGGUACUGGGAUCGUCCGAAGUUCUCGAACCAUACAUCAAAAGCAGCGGUGUGAUCAGAUAUCUUAACGUUUUUAAACCAAUUAUUACCUAACAUCGUCCAGCUUAAUGUAUGGUGCUCACAAAAAAAUCGGUUUGCUGUUAACGCGCAGUGAACACGCUGUUGGGUGAAGCAGAACGGCUUUGAGCACGUGAUGUCCGUUUCUCGUCGGUGUAGGCCUGUGAAGACCAGCAUCCGAAAGGGCUGCCGGUAAACAACGGCUUGUACUUUUAAAUAAAACCUUCUGAUUGUUACAGAACAGCGACACGAAGAACUAAGCUGUCGUCGCUGAAUGUAGCGAUUAUUUUGUAUUCCGUAGCAUGUUCCUGAAAGGAGACCGAAACGAGCAGCACUUGGGGUGCUUUUUGAAUGUAGUCUCAUUGUGUCAUGGUUUGUUCGGGUCUUGGUGAGCAACGCGCCCUUCUCAUGGCCUGUACGCGCCUGGCUUCGCUGUGUUGUUCCCGCUUUACCAUGUAUUUCAUCUAGUGUUGCGUUUAUUUUUUAAACGAUUGUUCGUGAACUUGUGAAUAAUUGUAUCGUAAAUGCAGAAAAGGUUAGAUUAUCCCAGCAAAUAUGAACCCAGAAACGGAGAAACCGAUUGUGCACUAAAAUGUCUUCAAUCACCUUUAAUAUUUAAUUGCAUUUCCUUACCGGUUUACUCUUAUUUGUUAUUGGAGACGACGAGGAUUCGUUACUUGAAUGCAUUUCUGGGAAAGUGUUUUGGAAAAGUAAUUGUACAGAAUAUAUCAGUAGGGUGAUUGAUUGAUUGAUUAAUUUAUAUAAGUAACGACCUUUCUUGAUUUUAUCACUUCCUACCCCCGGAUUUAUUCCAAGUAAUAAAUCUGUUUGGCACCUUGUUAAAAGCAACUUUGUUUAAAAAGAACGUAAAUGUAUAUUACCACAUUUAAGAGGAUACAAUCGGUAGUGUGGUUUUUUUUUUUGGUUGCUUGUUUGUUCUUCCCCCGCCCCCCGCUUGAUGUAUAAUGUAUAAUACAUCCGAUAUUUGAAUGAUAUCGCUCUAAUAAUGUUUGGCUUUUUACUACAUCGUAUCAGAACUGCAUCAGCUGCAGACGUUUGGUGCAUCACGAAUGUAAACGUGGACCGGUGUCUUCUAUUAUAAUGUGACAGAACAGACGUAUUGUGGUGAACAUGUAACUUCGUUAUAUUGUACUGUUGUUUUCAUAUUCCAAAGAAUGACACGCCCUUCAUCGAAUACCCAUUCCCAGUAUUCCGCAGCGAUGGCGUUUCCCAGUGUAUGCAUUCCCUUUACCUCCUCGACGUUUCUAGGACGUUCACUUCUGUGCUCUGAAAAGAUUGACACUUCAACUAUUUAAUUAGGUUAUAUUGAAUAAACCAAAAAUACUUAGCGCCUACUUAUAUCCGUAAAGAAAUUAUGCAUCACUGAACCGUGGCAAGGCGGUGAUCAAAAAAAUAUUAUUUUGUGAUUUGCAUGGUAAGCGCAUUAUAACCUGCUUACAGGAUACGGUUUGUUUUUCUUCUAUAAAGAAUAAUUGAAUCGGCGAUGUUUGCGAAGCAAUCAGCCUUAGACUGUUGGCAAGGGCUGCCUUGGUUAAACCAUGGCCGACCAGGAGGCGAAGGCACUGCGUGCUUCACCUGAUUCUGAGAGUUUAUACCAGGGGAGAGGAGCUCAUAUCAUUUGUCCAAGUGAGCUGGGUGAAGAACAGUGAAUGUACAGAUAAAAAUAAACCCUAAACAGAUAAAUCACAUGAACUAGUGCCUAGUAAGAAUUUGCUGCAGUUUCCUUGGCAUAAUCGAACGCUGUGUUAAGAUUAGCUAUAUAAUGGUGCCCCUCAAUUCAUUUAUGGGCUACAAUGUUUUACUUUUUAAAAAUAAAUACGCUGACUUUGUUUCUUGUCCCAUAGCGUUACAGAUUCAUUAAAUGGACAAUACAUGAUAACACUUUAACGGUCAUUGUUUGUGGCCUGUACCUGGACUACUGUGUUUAAUAAAUGAAGGAGGUUACUCCUCUACAUUGUUCGGA